UAGCUAUCUAGUUAGACAUCAUGUCGAAUUUAGGUUUGAUGAGAAAAUUGAAGACAUUGAGCAUUAUCAAUAAAAUAGUUCUUAUUUAUGCAUUUAUGCAUGCUAGUUUGGCAAGUGGUCAACAAUUUACAGCAAUGUAUGUCUUUGGAGAUUCAUUAGUUGAUAAUGGAAACAACAACUACUUAAACGCCCAAGCUAAGGCAAACUUCUAUCCAUAUGGGAUUGAUUUUUAUCAAGGGCCUACUGGAAGAUUCACCAAUGGGAAAACUAUCAUCGACUUUCUGUCUGAAUUGCUAGGACUACCUCUUCUGCCAGCCUUCGCGAAUCCUUUCUCUACUGAUAGAGACAUCAUGUAUGGCGUAAACUACGCCUCAGCUGCUGGAGGGAUUCUUGAGGAAAGUGGACAAGGCUUAGGGGAGAGAUUUAGUUUCAGUAAACAGGCAGAGAAUUUUGGAAUCACAAAGAGGCAAUUGCAGAAUCAUAUGAGUGAAAAGGAGUUGCAACAAUAUCUUGAAAAAGCCUUAGCAGUGGUCAUCCUAGGAAGCAAUGACUAUGUUAACAAUUACCUAAAUCCUGGUUACCGUACUCGCUCCAAAUUUAAGCCCGACAAAUAUGCUGAUAUUGUCAUCAACCAAUACACUAAACAAAUUACGGCACUAUAUGAUCAAGGACUAAGACGCUUCUUCUUGGCGGGAGUAGGGCCAAUUGGUUGUACCCCUUCUCAAAAAACAGCGGCUGGACUGCCUGCUGGUAAAUGCGUUAAUUUUAGCAAUGAUGUUAUUCAAAUGUUCAACACAAGGCUUAGAACCCUGGUUGAUCGACUAAAUGGCACCCACCCAAAUGCAACUUUUGUUUUUGGAGAUACUUUUCAAGGUUUGAUGGAUAUACUUACUCAUCCUGCCACUUUUGGGUUGACAGAGUUGGAGAAAGCAUGCUGUGGCGUAGGCCGAAACAACGCAGAAAAAAUGUGUCUUCCUUUCUUAAUACCAUGUUUAAACAGGGAUCAAUAUGCUUUCUGGGAUGCAUUUCAUCCAACCCAAGCUGUUCAUAGGUUCCUAGCUUUAAUGGCUUACAAUGGCCCUAAAUCUAUUUCUCAUCCCUUUAAUAUCAAAGAAAUGGCCCUGCUUCAGACCUGACUUUUCUGUUCUGUUACAAAGAUUUCUGAAAAUUGUAAAGUUUGUACUCUAAUGUAAGUUGUUAGCCGAUUGUAUAAAACUAAUAAA